AAGACAGACAUGCGCUGUGUGCCUGGGAUCAGAUUAUUUGCGCCAAGUUACGAGUUCAACACUGGAUAUUUUUAAUUUGUAAUAAAUCACCUGCGGUAUGGCUUUCAUUUAAAACACACUUCAUAGAUAGAAGUGACCAAAUCCUAUCGAUCAUCGGACUUUUGUGAACAUUGUGACACUAAAAAGGGAGAAAAACCAGGUUUUAGUAGUUGGGUUCCGAAGACGUGCAUGCUGCAGCAGUGUGUUAACGCACCGUGUGCAUUGUACAACGAGAACUACACUCGCGCCAUUGCAUUGCAUAGCACACCGCAGUGAAUUCUGCUGCUAAACUUCAACUAAACAACUUAGAAAAACGAUGUUUAGGUGAUUUUACUGCGGUCAGAAUGACGACAAUUCUGUAUGACUUGGAUACGUCAGGAGGUCUGAUGGAUCAAAUCCAGGCCCUGGUUGCGCCCCCUGAGAGUGACGAACCGCCGAGAAAAAUACGGCGAAUUCGGGAGCAUCGGCGAGCGGGUCGAGCCGUCAACCACGACAACUGUGAUAGCUGUCGUGAAGGUGGAGAUCUGCUCUGCUGCGAUCGGUGUCCUUCAGCAUUCCACCUCCAGUGCUGUAAUCCGCCAUUGAGUGACGAUGAUUUGCCUCCAGGUGAAUGGUUGUGUCACAAGUGUACGGUGGCCCCUGAGCCUCAAGAUGAUGAUACGAGCUCAGUUACCUCCAGCAAAUCAGAGGACAAGCAAGUCAAGUUUACUGUAGUCUCAGGCAAAGCCCAGCCAACUACUGCUGCAGCGGCUGCUGCUACCACCAAGGCACCUGCGACCGUUGCAAAAACAGCUGUCACUGUUGCUAAAACACCAGUGGUUACUAAGACUGUCCCUGCACCCAGCAAGCCAGCUAUGAGACUGAACGAUCGACUGAUGAGGGAGAAUAAACCAUGCCUUAGGCUGGUCCAGCUCCAGGCAUACAGAGAAGCCCAGAAGGAAGUACAGCAAGCCAAGCUUCAGUCUGGUCGACCGACCACCCCAGUAGCCUCACCCCAACCUGAUGAACCCUCAACGAGCUCAGCUCCAAGCAGCAGGACACGUCUAGCCAAAAGAGAUCUCAAAUCCAUCCAAGAGAAGAAUCUCAUGGACUUAGCAACAAUCCAAGACUCUAAGACUAAGCGAGAGCUCAGGACUAACCAAGGCUCAACCGGCACUGACUUUAGGCCUAAACGAGAUCUGCGGCUUGUGAUUGACAAAGUGGACUUGAAGUUGGAACAGGCUAAAGCCCCUGAUAGCCCUAAGCAUGUUGGCGAAAUCAAGGAUCCAUUUCAGAUGCUGAUCAAAGCGGCUGAGAUACAGAACCCUGUACAGUUUGGUCUGCCCAGCAGUUAUAUGACAUUUGCACCAUUACCAGGGAGCACCAGGAAAAGAAGGAAAGAAGAGUUAUCCAAGAACUACAGGAAGCCUCAUGAGAUUGAUAAUGGGAUGGUUCCAUUGCCAGCCAAGGUCUGCUUUCAGUGCUACAAGAGCUGUCGAGUAAGCCCGUUGAUCCAGUGUGACUACUGCCCUCUAUUGUUCCACAAAGACUGCGUAGAUCCUCCACUUACUGCCAUGCCUACUGGAAGAUGGAUGUGCCCUAACCAUCCUGAACACUCACUGCCUGGAUUUCAAGGUGUUCAUUACACAGAACGGUGUCGAAUCUUCAACGAAUUCCACGGUCGUCUAGAUCAGCAUGCCGUCAAGCUUCGAUUCAUGCAUAAAAUCCGCAGCACAGGCCCACCCUCCAAACAUGAAGAGAAAGUCGGCAAAAGACCGGCUCUCAGCGUACCCAAUGCUAUCAAGUGUCAAUACGCCCUCCCACCUCCAAUGUUGCCCCUCCCACAAGAGAAGCCAAGGCUAGUGUGUAUGACACCGGAGGGGUUCAGAUCCAGCAAUACUGUGUGUUCACAAGAAGAUCAGGAAGAGUGGUUGAAGAGCGUUAUAGGCCUGCAGACAAGCAUAACCAGGCACAUGGUUAAGAAGCAACUACCCAAAGAUCCGAUCAAACAGAAAAUCAUCACCACGACCUCAUUCACCAAAGCUCCGAACCAGACAGCGGCCGGCACGACCACCAGUUCAACACUAGUCCCUCAAGGGAAAGGCAGGACGCCCAGCCCAGCCAACGCUGAUAAGAAACAAGAAUCGAUUGUUCAAACAAACCAAAGCAAAACAGACGCUAAAAACAAAGAUGGUAAAAUGACCAACGGGCCGGUUUCACUGCAGAACGGUCCGAUGUCUGCCAAUAAGACAACAGGAAGCAAGCAGGAAGGAACAUUGAACACGAUCGUUGUGAAAGAAGUCGGAGUAACGAACCAUACCAUUGUUAAAUCCAAGGCAGGGGAGAGUUUGCCCCAUGGACUGAAGGUUGUGACAAUAUCCAACAAGAAUGAUUCCGUCGUUAACACAGCAAGUGCCGUCAACGGAUCAUUGCUUGGCAAAUCGCUGAACUCUGGAGGCAAACCAAUCAUUCACAAGAUUGUCUCAACGUCAUCAGCGAGUAAAGUUUUAACCACCGGUCCAAGCACUCCCAAAACCAGUAGUCAUCAGUCGGUCCAUCCCCAUCUCAAAGUGGAAGGUUCCCAGUCGCAGGUUGCCAAGGCAACGAGUAGCCCGUCUGCUGCCAAGGUUACUAUAGCAACCUCUAGUGGGAUGUCACUUUCAUCCGCCCAGGGCAAGAUAGUCACUGUCUCCAAUGGUGGAGGAAGCAGUAAGAGUAUUGUAGGCAGCAGCACUGCAGCUAAGAUAACGACAGCAUCCUUGAGCUCAUCACCGGCUAUCAUCAAUCUCAAUAGCACAUUACAGUCCUGUGUGGAAGGAAGUGGAGAUGUUGAGCUAAGUAAACUCGAUGAGCGGCUUGUACAGAUACUGGCAUGGCAGAGAUUACAACAACUGUUACCUCAAAAGGCUGUUCCCCCAUCAGCCGUGGCCAAGAAGUUUGUGGUUCACAACAGCACGGCACCAACGAGUAGCAAUACUGCAGGACCAAGCCAGUCGACUGCAGCAUUCACCAAUCACAUCAAAGCCAGAGCCGUAUUCUGUCCACUCACAGGCAGGGGACAAGCUUCACCUGUGCCGAUGUGUUACAGGACGUUACAUAUAGGAACUGGGAGUGAUAUGGAUGUCUGUCUGAGUAAUUUCGGCCAUUGUAACUACGUCUCUCCAAAGCAUGCUUGUAUAUUCUACGAUGAGAAUACAAGGCACUAUGAGCUGAUCAAUUACAGUGAACAUGGGACGACAGCAGACAAUGUUCUUUACUCUUGCGAUUUCUCUGAUAAGAGGAGUUCCACACCGCCUCCGGCCUCCCCCUUCGUCAAAUCGGUUCGCAGUUACAUCAGGAAAGGGAAGCGGAAACGGGAAUCAUCCGACGGGAAGAUCAAAGAUGAAGAAGUCAAGGAGGAGGAGGAGAAGUCUAAGGAUGAGGAGCCGGCGAUGAUGAGUGCGACUAGUAAUCACUUCAAGAGACCAUGCAGCUGUAAAGUCAGUAGCUCGACCCUGAUUGGUGGUAGCGGGGCUGGCUGGGAAGGCACGGCAAUCUUGCAUCACGGUAGCUACGUCAAGAUGGGUUGUCUACAAUUUGUCUUCAGUUUGACCGAUCAUGCUUUGGUACAAAAUCCCCUGGAUAAGAAGCCAUUAUUGAAUAUCCAAAAAGAGUUUCCGUCUAACAGUUCCUCAAGUUAAAACAUAAAACUAAACCACAGAACCCUUUUUUUUUCCCUUUAAAAAGUGAAUAAUUGGAUAAUUAGAUUUAAACUAACCUCAAUUUGUGCCCUCGUUUUGAAUUUCACAAAUCAACAUGAAUUCAAUUUUUUUCAAAUACAGUUGACUCUUGUUGAUGCAAACUCAGUUUCGACUAAAUUCUUGUCUGAAUAAACACACAUGUGCGCAAUGCUCAAUGCAGAGUUUGUAUAUGACAUUUGGGCAGAGUCUGGCCAUGUUUGUUUUAACAACAGUCGACUGUAUUGCUACUAAAGAUUGCAUUAAUAGCAGUUUUAAUAUUGUACCCUUUUUGAAUCAUUACUGUUUUGUUGGUGUAAAUUGUCUAUUUUUGUGAGUGGUUUCAGUAAUUUUUGGGUUUGUUUUUUCCAAUACUUAAAAAUGUAAAGAAUUUGCCCUGCAAUAUUUUUUUUGAAAGAACAGUUCAACACUGUAAGUUUGCAUGGGAGAUGUCACUCAAUCCCCGAAAAUCUUUUUUCAAACCAGAGUUGUAAAAUUGUCAGUUAAAUAUCGGAUUACAAAUAAGUUCAUAAAGUCGGGUCGCUAGUAGCAGGGUACGAGUAAAGACAAAGGAAUGUUACAGUUAACUACAGUUAUUUGAGUAACUUGUAAUUUGACUUGAAACUGGAUAAGAUAUUUUGUAAUUGACUUGUUACUGUCUCAAAAGCAUCUGUGGACGGUGAAUCAGGCUGCAUAGCUCCGGUGAGCAGCCUAAUAGGUCUCUCUCAAAUGACGUCUCUUCCUGCAGAUUGCCAUGUGCAUUGGCAUUUAAGGCGUAAAAUUCUGUGACGCGCAUCCACUGCUCCACAUUUAGAAGAAAGUUCGAGCAACAUGCGCGUGCUUAGAACAUAUCGCACCCUGCGCGCACAUGCACCAGAUGGCGUUGAAUAUGCAGUUGUUAUUUUCGUUCGAAGAUGGCUUCCUUUGAGAGAGAUCUAUACAGUGUCGGGUUAGCAUUCAGAAAACAAAAUCUGUCGGGAGACAAAACUCACUUUAACCCUAACUCCCUACUUAGUAUUACUGAGUAGAAGACCAUGUCCAUCACAAUCCAUCACUUACUGCUUCACAUAAUGCUUCAGGACCAAAUCCAUUGAAAUCCACCACUGGUGCUGUUGGAUUUUGAUGGACUUGGUACACAUGGCUUAUAUGCCAACAAUCCCCAAAAAUGGAUUUUAAUGGAGUUGGUAAGGUUAGGGUUAACAACUUGCUUGCAAGGAGAAACUCUCUGGGCUCUUAAAGUGAUUUGCACUCAAAAUUUAAUGUUUUUGUUUUUGCAGACCCAAUAGCUAAAGGGUGAAAGUUGUAUGGUGUUUGCAUAUACAUGUAUACACUCUUAUCGAUUAUCUACUUAAUCACGGCAGCUGUACUUUCACACACUUUGUUACCUCACAUGGGCAUUACUUCAUGAAUACAUGUGAAUGGGAAUCUUUUGAGAUGUCAGUGUUAAAUUGAAAUUUUAAUAUGCAUAUUUGAGUUAGAAGCCCAUUUUUGGGAAGUGAUUAUUUGUUUCCAGUUGACAACCGAAUGGUUGUUUCAAAACACUGUACAGAAAUCCUGUAAAUAUAUUUUUAAAUAUAACAUUGUGACAGAUAUAGUAACCACUAUUGCAGUCAUUGGCUUAAUAUGUAGAUAACAUUUUUGUAUGUAGAUAACAGUUUUGUAUAUAUGAACUAUUGUAUAGAUUGCCUAGCCUGCAUGUCAUACUUGUAACACUAGAUUAUGCUUGGCUGUUGUAAUAUUCUUAUAUGUAACAGCACUGCUGUUGCUUCUGGUAUCCAGGCACUUGUGCUUGGCCUGGUUUCAGUGUGAUGUUAGCUUGGGCAUUUCUCAGAUACAUCAUUCUAACCGUUAGUUUGGAAGUUGUGGCCAUUUAGACUAAUUCGGCAAACACAAUUGGAAGCUAUUUUGAUAGUUGAACCAGGCCCACGCUCGGGUAGAAUGCACGCAAGGGCGAAUCCAGGGGGGGCCAAA